UCUCCCAACACCCCACAGGACCAGGUCCAGCAGCGGGAAGAGUCGGAUCAUGGGUUGGUGCCAGGGGUGCAAACUGGCUCUCCAUCUCAAAGUAAAAUGGAAUGAAGAGGAAACAGUCAAACACACGGAGGAAAUGCUGAUAGCCCCUCUGUUUACCACCUUUGUUCCCUCUUGUCGCGCAGCUGAUAUCACGUGAUGUAAGCCACUCUGGAGCGCUGGGCACCUUUGAGGCCACCCCCUCCUUCGCUGUGCCUCCUCGCCCCACCCGGCUCUUCAGAACCCUCAGGAUUCAGCCUGGGAGUCGGGGGCAAGGGAGCGGGAUGGGGUAACCACAAAGCCGGGGUAGGAGACCCCGAUUUCUGUGAAAAGGAAAACUCCGCCUUGCUGCUGCGAAGACAUUUCACGUGGGCUCUUUGAUUCUGCAGCUGAAAGGAAUAAAACUGAUCAAUGGAACCCCAGAGAUGUGGGCAGUGACGUGGGUGUCUCCGUCCCCUGUGAAAGCGGGGGCCUGGGCUGUGACUCAGUUGUGCAGGCUGAAAGCAGAGGGCCCUCCAGGAUGGCGAAUCUGUUCUGAACAGUGAACCCAGACACGCUGCGGGGUGGGCAUCCCUCGGGGUGCGGGAAACCCCGUGUGGCCGGGGACGACCGGUUUACACCUACCAUGGGGGUGAGUGGACAAGGGAGGGCGGAGGGUCUUGCUGGCAGAGAGAGAGCCCUGUAAUGGAGCAGAAUUAAGCCCACAAGGGGCCCUCUUCAGGCCUGGACCUGCUGGACAAACUUGGGCCCUGGCCUCCAGCGCCCCGGGCUUCCAUCUGUAACGGGGGUGGAAGGCCAGGCCCCUACCUGCUCCCCGGGCGGCAUGAAGCUGAAUUAUCUGAUGUCUUUACGUCUGAGCUCCACGGAGCAGGUGUGAUGCGUGAGUAAGUGGGCCACGGGAUGGCUUCCCUGCAGCGUGGCCCGCAGGGUCCAGCCUCUCCACGUGGGAAGGGGAGCGGGGAAGGGCUUUAGCUGAAGGCCGGGAGUGUGUGCUUACAUCUCAGCGGACCCCACUGACGAGCACUGACAGCCCCCUGCGCCGGCUUUGUCUGUUAAGUCAUGGCCUUCAGAGGCCAGCUUCUGGCCCCCAUCUGGUAUCUGGUGCAAGUCUUAGGGGAGGGUCCCGGAACCCCCUCUGCUGCUCGCACAGAAGGCGCAGGCGCAGGCGCAGGAUAGCCCUCUUGGCAGAGAACGGCGGUGUCUCUGGGGAGGGCCCGCCAGGUACUUGUCCUCCACGUGUCUGGUGAAGACUCCGACGGGAAGAGGACCUCGUGCUGUUCUCAGCUGGGUUCACAAGAGCAUCUCAUUGGGAUGGGUCUUCUCUGCUGCCGUGUGGCUGAGCCGUCCCAGGGAGUGGGAGACCGCCUCUCUGCAGACUGAUCUGCUUCUGGGUUGAAUGAGGCAAAGAGCAUCCCUGCAGAGUGCACAGGUGCCCGUGGUCCUGCACACGCUCCUCACAGGACACCCACAGCUCGGCGAGGCCAGCCCAUCCUCCUGGUCCCCGCCCGAACCCACGGCAGGACUGUGUGAUUGUUCCCAGGAGAGGACAGCGGCCGAGGGCACGUCCUGACUCACUUCUCUCAGCCACAGCGUGUACCUAGGUUCUGGCUGUUUACACCUCAAGGAGACACAAUAGGACGGAAUGUUCCAGCAGGUAGUGGAAUAUUGCCACAGCUUUUCUCAUUUCCCAGAAAAGGAGCCUCAGCCCUCCAGAGCCCCCAGCGAGGGGGCUUUCUCAGGAACGAGGCUUCCCAGGGCCAGGACACUGUCCUUUCUGUUUAGUUUUAAAACAAAACCAGUCUGUGGAGCGUCACUUUGGAGAGAACCCUGGAUGAGAGGCCUGCACGGAGCAGAUAGGAGACCUUGACUCUGGCCUCAGCCUCCAGGUCCUCUCGGUGGGGCUGAGGGCAGGUGGGGGUGAAGACCGGCUCGGCCACAAGGAAGGGGCCCUGAGGUCAGAGAGGUGGAGGGGAAGGGGCGUGUGCCCUGGCUGUGAGCCCCCAGAGCGAGCCUGGAAUGACCAGAGGGAGUCUUUGUCCUGUGCCUUCAGCCUGGGUCCCCGGAGGCCCCUGGAGCCGCGUCGUCCUGGGAAGGCCAACGGAUGCCGUCUGCACCAGGCAAAGUGUGCGGAAACAUGGCCUUUUCCCGGUGACCUCGCUGACCCCCCUUCGGGUUGGUGUCCCUCAGAGACGGUGCAUUCUAGAAGCAGCUGUGGAGCUGGGUUUGGGGGUCAGCAAGGGAGAGGCAGACUGGGAUUCGAACCUGAGUCUGCUCCGCCCGUGAAGCAGCAGGGCCCUGGCUCUUCCUGUCACCAAAGUCACAUUCUGCCCUGACCCUGCACGAGUGAUUUAAGAGCCACAGUGGAAAUUUUCUUCCUUGUGAUUUUCUUCUCCUUUGGGAUGGGAUGACCUCAUCUCCCCAGAGAAACCGCUGGGCUGGGGCCCGCCCGCUGCUGCCACCAGGCGCCGAGAUGAUGGCCGAGUGAAUUCCGGCAGGACCUCCCAGGCGGGCUGCGCCCGGGAGGUGAACCUGGCGUGGAGGCAGGAGGGGUGGCGGCUGACCUCCGCCUUCCUGCCGCUGCCUUCAGGAAGGCGCCCGGAUGGACUCUGGACACGGAACACGGCAGCCGAAACCAGCGCCACGGCCUGCCCUGAAGCCUGCUGGCCUUCCUGCUCCCGCGGCAGUGCCGGGUCGACGGGCUCCGCGCACAGGGGCUGUUUAUGUCUCCGUGGCCAGCCUGCUCCCAGGCAUCAGCAGGGCCGCUGAGGGCGGUGGUGACUCCUCUGAGCAGUCUCACUGUCUUGGCUGCCACAUCAGAGACCUUCUCGUCCCAUUUACAAGUGCAAGAGGGGCUUCCGUCCUUCUUUCUGAGAUACCUGGCCAGUGUGGCUGUGUCUCCAGGAGCUGUGUGUCACGAAGAGCUGCUGUCGAGUGAAUGCUUACUGCGUGCUGAGCGCUUUACCCAUUAUCUCAUUAAAGCAUCUGGGUGGCCCCCCGCUUUGUGCUGGUCAGAAACGGAUCACCCGUCCGGCUGCGUAUCCACCGAUCGGCCCACUCUGCUCUGUUUAUACAGCACCUUCCCCGCCCUGGGCCCCGAGCGGGGCUUACAGGUCAGGGAGAUCCUGAUGGCCCUGGGCCUGCUGUCUUGCGCCAACACGCGGACGGGAAGCCUCUCGGGCGGCCAGCGGAAGCGCUUGGCCAUCGCGCUGGAGCUGGUCAACAACCCGCCGGUCAUGUUCUUCGACGAGCCCACCAGCGGCCUGGACAGCGCCUCCUGCUUCCAGGUUGUCUCUCUGAUGAAAGGUCUGGCUCAAGGGGGGAGGUCCGUCAUCUGCACCAUCCACCAGCCCAGCGCCAAGCUCUUCGAGCUGUUCGACCAGCUUUAUGUCCUUAGUCAAGGACAAUGUGUGUACCGGGGAAAAGUCUCAAAUCUUGUACCGUAUCUGAGGGAUUUAGGUCUGAACUGCCCAACCUACCACAACCCAGCUGAUUUUGUCAUGGAAGUCGCGUCCGGAGAAUACGGCGAUCAGAAUGGCCGCCUGGUGAGAGCCGUCCGGGAGGGCAUGUGCGACUCUGACUACAGGAGAGAGCCCGGCGGGGAUGCCGAGGUGAACCCUUUUCUUUGGCACCGGCCCUCUGAAGAGGUAAAGCAGGCAAAACGAGUGAAGGGGUUGAGAAAGGACUCCGCUUCCACGGAAGGCUGUCACAGCUUCUCGGCCAGCUGCCUCACCCAGUUCUGCAUCCUCUUCAAAAGGACCUUCCUCAGUAUCAUGAGGGACUCGGUCCUGACGCACCUGCGGAUCACGUCUCACAUUGGCAUCGGCCUCCUCAUCGGCCUGCUCUACCUGGGGAUCGGAAACGAAGCCAAGAAGGUCCUGAGCAACUCCGGUUUCCUCUUCUUCUCCAUGCUCUUCCUCAUGUUCGCUGCCCUCAUGCCCACUGUCCUCACGUUUCCCCUGGAGAUGGGAGUAUUUCUUCGAGAACACCUGAAUUACUGGUACAGCCUGAAGGCCUACUACCUGGCCAAGACCAUGGCCGACGUCCCCUUCCAGAUCAUGUUCCCCGUGGCCUACUGCAGCAUUGUGUACUGGAUGACGUCCCAGCCAUCCGACGCUGUGCGGUUCGUCCUGUUCGCCGCGCUGGGCACCAUGACCUCGCUGGUGGCGCAGUCCCUGGGCCUGCUGAUUGGAGCUGCGUCCACGUCCCUGCAGGUGGCGACCUUCGUGGGCCCCGUCACGGCCAUCCCCGUCCUCCUCUUCUCGGGGUUCUUCGUCAGCUUCGACACGAUCCCCACCUACCUGCAGUGGCUGUCCUACAUCUCCUACGUCAGGUAUGGAUUUGAAGGGGUCAUCCUGUCCAUCUACGGCCUCGACCGAGAAGACCUGCACUGCGACAUCGACGAGACCUGUCACUUCCAGAAGUCGGAGGCCAUCCUGCGGGAGCUGGACGUGGAGAACGCCAAGCUCUACCUGGACUUCAUCGUCCUCGGGGUCUUCUUCAUCUCCCUGCGCCUCAUUGCCUACCUUGUGCUGAGGUACAAAAUCCGGGCGGAGAGGUAAAGCGCCGGGCGCCCGGCCAGAGGAAAACCGGACGCCGAGGCCAAGGGCCGCGCCCAGGACCCGGGUGGCAAGCCCGGCCCGAGGACACAGACACCCUGGGCCCCCCCCCCUGGGGACCACGUUUGGUCGUCAGGCAUCCAGGGUCGAUGCCGCCCCAGCCGGGUUGGGUCUCUUCCCCACCACUUUCUAGCUGUAACUAGGAAGGUGUAGAAAGGUUGUUUUUCCACGUACAAAAUUUUAAAUACCACAACUGGGGCAGAGCUGAAAACUGCGCCAAAGCUGGCGACGAGACCCCUCCUGCGGACGGGGACUCUCUGGCCCUGGGGGGUGUCCGAGCAGCGUCCCGGCGGCCCCAGGGCAGCGGGCCCCGGCGCAGCAGCGGGCCGGCCGGCCCGUCCUGGGACUGUUGUCAUAGCUUCAUCUUUUUACGGUUUGUCUCUUUUUCCAAAGAGAAGUCAUUUUUCAAGCCAAAAGUUGAUAACUUUCAUUCCUUUUCAGAAACUGUGCCAUUUUAGUACUUGUGGAAGAAAAUUAUGCAGGGUAAAUAAUAUGCUUUGUUGGGAGCUGCGAGGGGUUUGACGCGACCGCUGGCCUGGCCUCAUUCACAGGCAGAGCUCGUGGAAGACGCAGAGGUAGGCUCCAGGCUGGAGGAGGACUGGAACGGUGUGUUCUAAGCUGUGCAGAAAAUUUUGAAAGUGACACCAAAAGUUGUGAAGUGAAAUUGGCCAACUCUUUCAAAGUCGUUUAUUUUGCCCAUGCUUCUUAUUUUGAGCAAAAAUAUAUCGUUUCUUUCUUCCUGAUUUUCCAAGCACCUUAGUUUUGCCUAAAAAAAAAAAAUCUAGAAGAUCGACCCUGUCGACGUCUUACAGACAUUUCCUCCCCCUCAUCAGCUACCUCCACUGAGCCUGGGGAAGCCUGGGACGGUGUGACUGUCGCAGGGUCUGCAGGUGCAGCCCAGGAAGGAUGCGCUAACUUCCUAAGAGGGAAGGUGCUGAGAUUUCAUGAGAAUCCAAGACCUUUGCAAGAAACCGGCGAAGACUUAGAGCGGCGGAGGCGUCUGCUGCUCCUUCGGUCGUUCGCUUAGAGCCGUGAGCGGUUCCACCCCCACGUCCGGCUUCCGUGCCGUCUCAGUGGCACCACCUUCUCAACGCUGGGCGAGUGUAGUCUUUCCAGACUGGAAACUCCUUUCCAGUCACGUGGUCACACAAGUAAAGUCCCUCUCGGGCAGGAGCAGCGGGCACCUCUGCAGGGUAAAAGGCCUUUGAAUCCCUGGCGGGGCGCCCUGUGCUCCUCGGCUGUCAGAGGCAGUGUGACUGCAGGGCGGAAGGGACCUCGGCCAGAGAAGUUCCUCUGGAGGAAAAGGGAACUGCUUUCUCUUCUAGAAUACCAUUAAGCGGGAAUAGGGGUCUCCUAAUGAAAGACUGUAUUUUUGUGGACAGAUUCAUUAACCUCCCUGAGCCUCAGCUUCCCCACCUGUAAACAGCAGCAGGAGACCGUCUUCAAGGCCGUGUUCAGCCCAGAAGGAUUCUGAGUUUCCUCGGUGUGUCCAGAAGUUUUGUUUCCCAUUUAAGAGAAUGAGAAAGGUCCAGAUUUUACACACACACAGACUUGACUGGCAAAUGCUGAGAGAGCCCUCUCUCGCCCUCAGAUCCCUUUUAGUAAGCACAGCUGAGGUAUUUAAAUGGAAUUUUGUGUUUGCUUACUUUGCACCACUGUGGCGUUGCCAUCCAGAUUAAGUUACUUCACCAGGGUCAGACUUAGCCUUUAUAAAAAGUCUUCAUUCCAUUUCAAGAAAGAUUUGCCUGUAAGACAUCGUGCACUGGGAAGCCUGGUGAAAUAUAAAGUGGGGAGGAGCUAAAAGCCCUCGGCCAUGCCCCAGAAUUACACCAGGCGAGGCCAGCACUGAAAGCCUCUGCCGCCAGGGGAGCCCUUCCGGCCGUGGGUCCGUGCGCCUAGAAGGACGUCCCGCGCAGACCGACCAUCCCGCCCCUCCCCAGGCAGCCUCGCUUCUGCCGCUGAGCCCACGGCCACCUGUCUCGGCAGUUCCGGGAGGAAACAGUGAGAUUCCUCUAGAUUUAAAAUCUGGUUUCCAAACGCACCUCCACCCGCGGGAGGAAUCCUCUCCCUGGGAGUUCGCGCUCCCUGCAUUUCAAUCUCCAGGUUAUAUUCAUCCCCUAACAGAUGAGAAGCUGAUUAAGGCCUCCCAAAGGGCAGAUCCUGGGGGGCGUGAGGGCCUGCGGGCUGCCGGGAGGGAAACCCUGUACAGGCUAAUGUGUUAUUUUCCAAGGAUGCCACCUGGAGAGCAGUGAGGACUGAAGCUUAGGACUGAAGGACGAGGCUUAGGAAGACCUAAGGCCUUGCUGAGCGAGGGUGCUGCCUGCAUCGCUCCUCACUCUGCAGGCAUCAGCAGUGCCCCUUGCCCCUCGCUCCUGCUUGCUUAUCCCAAAUCUUGGCAGCUUAGGGCCAAACACCACGGUUUGGAUCUCCAGGCAUCUGCCCUCUGCGUUUUGCCGUAGGACAGGUCGAUAAAACACCUUACUCGGUGGCCGAUGGGAGCACCCAAGGAACUCAGCGACGUUGUUUUCCUGCACAAGUCUGGUUAACGUCUCUUGUACACUGGAAUUUAAACCAGGCCGACUUCCCACGUCUAAUUCUUUGGAGUAACGUCUGAAUGUAAUGACUCAGACCUUGCCUUCACCUCUGAUUUCGCUUCUUCAUUUGGGAGGAAGGCGGGGAACUGGGAAGAAAGACCUAUAGCCUUUCCAGUCGUAGUGGAGCUGGAAAAGGAAGUCCAAAGAGUGUCCUGUUGCGUGGGGCUUGUCGGGAGAGGGGGCCUCUGCAGGGCUCUAGCCGCUGGUCCGCGGAAGCAUCGGGCCUGGGUCUGCAGACCAGCCCGACCUCGGGAGCCUGUCACCUCCUCCACGUUCACAGCGCUCCGCGCCUCCCUUUCACCCCCUCUUGCUGAGUAUCAGCUCGAGAAUUAAACGCUUCUAAAGCUGCCGUGUGGGCGACCUGGGAAGGGAAGGAGCCAUGUAAACAUUUCACAUGGAAGAUGCUAGAAUCUGAUUAGGUCACCCGGGGGAGGGACCUUCAGGACCAAGAAAUGGGAUGUAAGCUUUCAGGUGAAAACUCAUCGUGGGCCCCGCAGAAGGUCAUCUCCCACCUGAGCGCGGCGCCAGCCGGCAGCCAGGGGCAGGCUGAAUCCGCAGGGUGGGACCCCCUCCGGUGGUUUCCCCGAGGGUAGAGCACCUUGAGCCCCAGUGCGCUGAGCAUCCUUCCUCGCCGGUGGUCCAGGCACUGGCUGGAUGCCUCACCAUCUCCUCGGUUCAGUUACUUACUCAGCAAAAGAGUUCUGACCCCUCCCCGCAUGCUCAGUGUCGCCCAGGCACGCGGGCUCAGGGAGGGCGCUCAGACGGCCGGUCCUCAGUGCGGGCAUCGGAGGGCGUCCCACUCUGCAGAUGGAGGGUGCCGCGGCUGGGAGAGGGUCCGUGAGGUCCUGGGUCCAGGGCCAGGAAAGAGCAGACUUGAGUCUGACCCCAGAGUCUCUACCUUUUGCUUUGCCGUAUUGCCUCCUGUUCACAGUGUGCAGAUGUAUAAGAAAAUGCAACGUAUAAAGUGAAGUGCUAGGUUAGUUCUGGACUUGCUGUCACCAAACAGACAGCUGAGUUGGAAGGGUGGCCCGCAGCCCCUUCCUCCGUCGCCUUGCAUCGGGGUGUCCCGAGCUGGCCCGGGGGCCGAGCUCACCCCGUCUCAGUGGAGAUGUGCCUUCCCCGCCCUUACCUGGUCUAAGCUUCCUAGUGCAGCACACCUGCGGGCGAGCUGAGCCCCGAGAGGGGCUGGUGUGCGCACGUGUGUGUGCAUGCAUGCCUGUGAGUGUGCACAUACACACACGUGUGCACACACACGAGGGCACGUGUCAGGUCGCUCUGGGUGUGCGUCUCGUCGUGUUUUCUGUGGUGUCUCUAAAUCCUCAAUCAUCCUUUACUCCAGGAAAGAAAGAGAAAAUUCCCUCACUUCAUGCCUGCGGUGCAGAUGGUAACGCGUAGUCAAAACCCACAGACUUGCAGCAAAUACCAGCUAAACUGGGAUGUCACAAAAAGUGAAACAAAACAACGCAGCGGAGGGGAGGGAGGUGCAGGGUCUGUGGCUCUAAAUUAGAUACUCUCCAGAAAUGAAGACUGCUAAUAAAACACUUUAUAUAAACUUUUUACUUGUGUUCAGUGUCAACUGCUUUGCAGUCAGUCUUCUGCUUGAACUUUACUGGACAGAGGGGAUUUUCAGGUUGGAUUCUGAAUACGGUUGCUGUACGUCUAGCGAGCCUUCUGGGUUCUCCCUCGGCCUCACAGUCUAACUUCUGACUGUGAAUAGUCACCUUUCUCUCCCGUAGCUUUCACGUGUUGUGCUGAACUGUCCUUAAGGUUUGUGGUUCCUCCGUUUCUCUCACCCCUUGCUUCCCCUUCGGGAACGUUGGCCAGGACUUUAAACAGAGCGGAGAGCCCAGAUGCAGGCGGCCCACGUGUGGCCCCUGCGGUCUCUCCCCACUUCACAACACUCGGUGGCCUCAGGGCCAGCGCCGGGGGUUGGGUGUGGCCUUAGUGCUCGCCCAUCCACCGAGCGGCCUUUCCAAAGGCAGCGUCCACCUGGUCUUCCCUCCCUCCUCGGGGACACAGAGCAGAGUGCAGGGCUGAGCAGAGUCCCAGGAUGGGUGGCCCCUGCAGUCCUGCUAAGUGACAGGGAGAGGGGGAUGUGGCCCGGGGUGGGGCAGGCUCCUGAGACUCCCUUCUCUCCUCCGCCCCCGCCGUCCUACAGACCCCGCCUGCCUUCGUGCAGCUUCCGCCAAGGUCACGGUCCUUCUGGUCACUGCACUUGGGCCUCCCACCCCAGGGAAAGUCCUUGGACACAAUCAUGCUCUGCGAAAACAGGUGUUUCUGAUGUCCAUGUUGGGGCUCCCGGGGCCCAGAAGCAUGAAGAAACGGAGAGCCCCAUGCCCCCGUCGCACAGUCUAAUUGUCACACUUGCAAGCUCCGUAGGCACCUCCCGGGGAGGAAGACGGCCGAGGGUGAUGCCCUCACGCUUGCCGUCUUCUGCAGGUGCCGCUCAGGUUUCUGGGGAGCUACUGGUAUCCUUCCCUACUCCUCCCCUUCUUGGAGGAAAUAAAGGUUUAGCAUUAGCUUAAUCUUUUGUGUUAUCUCUGAACAGUCAACUUGGAGUCAUUCAUCAAACAGACAUUUUGUGGGUGGCUCGAGGAGGCCCGGAGGAAGCCAGGUUCAUACAAAAGACUCCCAUGAGCAGAGCUCAGGCUUAGAGCCCCCAACACCUCCCUAUUCUCAAAAUAGGCCCCUGAUGUCAAAAAGGAUUAACUGUCCGCCACUGGCUACCAUGUGCUGGCUAGGUAAGGGGUCACGCUGGUGGAGGCAGAGUUUGGGGGCUUUUCCAUGAUAUAAUGACCCUUGUAAAGCUGGAGAGAGAGGAACAGAAGCACAAAAGUGCCCUUGUUUUGUCCCAAACCACGUGGAGUUGGAUCUAGGGCAGGGUCUGGGCCCUGCUUUGGGCAAAGGGGCGGCUGCGUGUACCCAGCUGGUACCCAGGGGGAGGGCCGGGACCGUGCAGUCUGCCGCCCUUUCCCGGGGAGACACCCUAAGCGAAGGACGUGGCCACAGACAUGUACGAGCUUCUCCCUGAGGCUCGUGGUUUUAUCCAGAUCUUGGGAACAGCCUGAGCCCAGGCCACAGAGUUAAAACAGCAAAGCUCGGAACGGUCGCAUUCAGCUGAAGUUUCCUCUCAGCGGCGUGGCAUCAUCUUCUGCUUGGCGUGUCUGAAUAGACCUAAGGGAGAACCCUGCUGCUCCCCCGUGAGUGUCUUUGGCCUGUAUUUUGCACAUGAACUUGAACGUGCCCCUGAUACUGUAUACUGUUCAAUGGUGUUUCUUUUCACUGAUGUCUGAGAUCUGAUUUGGGGGGACAUGUUAGCCACCUGCUGAUACCGCUGCAUGAUGGGAGUCAUCCCGUACCUGCAGCAGGGGCCAAGGUGAGCUGGGGCAGAGAUGCUGGGUCCUGGCUGGUGGGUGUGGAGCCAUGACGCGUGACCCUCCCUGCUGCCUGCUUGUGGGCCGGUUCUCAAGGCCCCCAAGGCACCGCCUUCAAGGAGAGUUCAGAAAGGCCUUGCUGCCAGCACUGGGCGUGGACCAUUCUUCCAUUUCACCUGCCGUGCUGGCCCGCCACCAGCCCCUUCUUCCCAUCACAGCCCUGGACCAGUGCUGUAGAGCUUUCGAGAAAACAGUGUUUUCCAAAUGGGGCUUUGCUGGAGCAGAGGAGGCAUGGGCUCAUCCAUUUCUAGGGGGGAAGUCAUCACAACUACACCCCUUCUCUGGGGGACCUGCAUGUGGCCUCUCCUGGUGGGUGAGAUGGAUUAGACCUUGAAGGGAGAGGCUGGAAGUCGCCGGUACCUGGGUCAAGGUCGAGGACCUAUGUCCAUGGGUUUCUGGACAUCCCAGGAUGCAACCCAGUCUGAAAGGUUCCACGGUUGGUUUCUUUGGAAGUAUUUCAGUGGCCAUGGUGCAUAUUCUGUUUUUAUGUCUUCACAUUUUUUCACAAUUCUGUCAUCGUCUACCUUGUUUGGGGGGGGGUGCGUCUCUUUUCCAUGAACUUCAGAACACAGGCUGCCCAAGCUUCACCAGAAAUGUCUCGUUUGAAGUCCUCGGCCAGUUAAACAUGGUCGCAAAAGGUCCUACCAUCCAAAUGGCCAACAAAGCGGACCACGCAGCCCACACGAGAGGGUUUCUGCUUCUGUAGGCACAUGCUCCCUGGGGAAGGGGGUGGCCAGGGGUAAGUUUCUCCAUGGAAUGUGUACGUUUAAAACAAUUAGCAUACGUAGCUGACCCCUUAUGCAGGUUUGCUUGUCACGUGCAGACACAGCAGCACAUACCUGCUCACAGCUGAACCUGUUGAGAACUGCUGCCUUUUAUUUGAUGCGUAGCUCUUUGAUGUCUUUCCCUUGUUAUUCCUUCCAAAGCAAGAGUCAAUGCAAAUAACAUUUUUAAUCAGCCUGCAAAGAUGUGCAUAUAUCUGUAUAUCGAAUAUGUAAUCCCUUUUUUUUAUAAUGCUGUGUGGAUAGCCUUACAUGGAUUUAGCCGCGUGGCACUAGGAAAUACUGCGCUCACACGCUGGGGGAGGAGUGUGCUGUUGUAGAUAAGCAUGGCGUCUAGACACACGCACGUUCACGUGUAUUUUAAGUUAGCAGCGGCUCCUUUGGGCACUUGUCCCCUUGGGGGUUUCCCUGCGUUGGACACAGACCCGGGCAGACCCGAGGACGUGAGCCCCCAACUCUCCCCUGCAGACCGCGGCCCCGCUUUGUACAUUUCUGUAGGUUACCGCCUUAGAAGAUUUGUACGUGCAUAUUUUGCAGACUCGAACUUUGUUUUCUGAAAUGAGAUGUCAUUUAUGAAAUGUGACAUGAAUCCAAAUAAAGCAUCGUUAUUUUCA